AAAUAGAGUCAGCGCAUAUCGGAAAACAAGACCAUGGCAAAGGCGUUUUGGGGGUAGGCUUGAGGCGAAGCGGGAACCCUGGCCAUGCGAGGGCUGAGUCCGGCUGCGCGAGGCUUUCCUCUUAGGCUUUUACGAAAAAAGAAGAAUAAAGAAAGAUAUUUAUAACACGCUGCCGAGCUAUAUAUUACCCCAUCGCCCCCCCUCUUCUCUUCGCUUUCUCCUCUGUUUCUAAAUCUCUAAGCAGAGGCCGGGUGGCGUGAUACGAUUCUAACGGUAUGGCCGGUGGUUCAACGCCGUAUUCCGGUAUAUUGAAGCUCUGGAAGCCUUAUUGGAAGCAGCUCAAUCUCAUUUCCAUCGCCGUCAUCGCCCUCCUCUGCUCCGCCUCCUACCUUCUCGGCAUGUGGCAGCAUGGCGGCGGCGGUGCCACCUCUCUCGCCUCCUCCUCCACCAUCGUCGCCACCGUCUCCUGCAACCAUAGCAACAACUCCCCCUCAUCGACCGCCGUCACGACUCUCGACUUCGACACCCACCACGCCGCCGACGUCUCCGCCGUCGACGCCCUCCCGGCGCGGCGGGGAUUCCCGGCGUGCGACGCUAAGUACUCGGAGUACACGCCGUGCGAGGACGUGAAGCGGUCCCUCAAGUUCCCCCGGGACCGGCUCAUCUUCCGGGAGCGGCACUGCCCGGGGAAGGGGGAGGAGCUCCGGUGCUUGAUCCCGGCGCCGGCGGGUUACCGGAACCCGUUCCCGUGGCCGGCGAGCCGCGAGGUGGCCUGGUUCGCCAACGUGCCCCACAAGGAGCUCACGGUGGAGAAGGCGGUCCAGAACUGGAUUCGGGUCGACGGCGACAAGUUCCGGUUCCCCGGUGGCGGGACCAUGUUCCCCAACGGCGCCGACGCCUAUAUCGACGACAUCGGCCGGCUCAUCAACCUCCACGAUGGGUCCAUCCGGACCGCCAUCGACACCGGUUGUGGGGUGGCAAGCUGGGGAAGUUACCUUCUCUCACGGGACAUCUUAACAAUGUCGAUUGCACCGAGGGACUCACAUGAGGCACAGGUCCAAUUUGCGCUCGAGCGAGGUGUGCCGGCCAUGAUCGGAAUCCUCGCCUCCAAGCGCUUGCCGUAUCCAUCAAGGGCCUUCGACAUGGCCCACUGCUCUCGUUGCCUCAUUCCUUGGCAUCAGAACGAUGGGCUCUACUUGAUCGAGAUCGACCGCAUCCUGAGACCGGGUGGGUACUGGAUCCUGUCGGGUCCUCCGAUCAACUGGAAGCGCCACUGGAAAGGGUGGCAGAGAACACGGGAGGAUCUAAGUGCAGAGCAGUCGGCCAUCGAAGCCGUCGCGAAGAGCCUCUGCUGGAAGAAACUAAAGGAGGUAGGAGACAUCGCAAUCUGGCAGAAGCCAACCAACCACAUUCACUGCAAAGCUAGUCGGAAAAUCAUCCGGUCUCCGCAGUUCUGCGCAGCUCGGAAUCCCGAUGCUGCUUGGUAUACAGAGAUGGAGGCUUGCAUCACUCCCCUGCCUGAAGCGGAUUCAAUUCGAGACGUUGCCGGCGGGGAAUUGAAGAAAUGGCCCGGGAGACUGAUGGCGGUGCCACAAAGGAUUGCUAGUGGAAGCCUUGAUGGGGUUACCAGUGAGAUGUUCUUGCAGGACAGCGAGCUAUGGAAGAAGAGGGUGGAGCACUACAAGAAAUUGGUCAACUUAGGACAGAAGGGCAGAUACCGCAACCUGCUCGACAUGAACGCUCGGUUCGGUGGAUUCGCAGCUGCCUUGGCUGAUGAAUCCGUCUGGGUCAUGAAUGUGGUGCCGACGGCGGCGAAUGCGAACACGCUUGGUGUCAUCUAUGAGCGUGGCUUGAUUGGAACCUAUCAGGACUGGUGCGAGGCAAUGUCUACAUACCCGAGGACUUACGACCUCAUUCAUGCCGAUUCGGUUUUCACUCUUUACAAGGACAGAUGUGAAAUGGAAGACAUUCUGUUGGAGAUGGAUAGAAUCCUGAGGCCUGAGAGCACGGUGAUAUUUAGAGACGACGUGGAUGUUUUGGUGAAGAUCAAGAGCAUUACGGAUGGAAUGAGAUGGAAAAGCCAGAUUGCUGACCAUGAAGAUGGCCCCCUCCGAAGGGAGAAGAUUCUAUUGGCAGUCAAGGAUUAUUGGACGGCGUCCGACCAAAAACAGGAGCAGCAAAAUGGAGCUGCAUAGCAGAAGGUGCUUUAAAAGCAUUGGAUUCGGCUAUCGUAUUGUCUGGUUUCAUUUUAAUUUCUAUGGUUUAUUCAGUCACAAUUCAUUGGUGCUUC